GGGGGGCGGCAUGGACGUGGGGGAGCUGCUCAGCUACCAGCCCAACAGAGGGACAAAACGACCCCGUGAAGAUGAGGACGAAGACGUCAAAGUGCGCCACAAGCCAGGCAGCGUGCGGGAGCGUGGCCGGCACCGGGAAGAGGAGGCCCCAGCAACAGAGGAGACGGACGACGAGAAGAAGCUCCUCCAAAUAAUUGAAAGGGGAGAGGAGGAAGAGGAGGAGGAGGAGCCUCUGGAUGAAAGCUCAGUCAAGAAGAUGAUUCUCACGUUUGAGAAGAGGUCUUACAAGAACCAGGAACUUCGGAUCAAGUUUCCUGACAAUCCUGAAAAGUUCAUGGAGUCGGAGCUGGACCUGAACGACAUCCUCCAGGAGAUGCACGUCAUUGCCACCAUGCCGGACCUGUACCACCUCCUGGUGGAACUGAACGCUGUCCACUCCCUCCUCGGGCUUCUUGGGCACGACAACACAGAUGUGUCCAUAGCUGUAGUGGAUCUUCUACAGGAGCUGACUGACAUCGACACCCUCCAUGAGAGUGAGGAAGGAGCAGAAGUCCUCAUAGACGCCCUGGUCGAAGGGCAGGUGGUGGCCUUGCUGGUGCAAAACCUAGAGCGUCUGGAUGAAGGCAUCAAGGAAGAAGCAGACGGCGUCCACAACACGUUGGCCAUCAUUGAGAACAUGGCGGAGUUCCGGCCAGAGAUGUGUUCCGAUGCUGCUCAGCAGGGCCUCAUGCAGUGGCUCCUCAAGAGGCUGAAGGCCAAGAUGCCUUUUGAUGCCAACAAGCUGUAUUGCAGCGAAGUGCUGGCCAUUCUCCUCCAGAACAAGGACGACAACAGGGAGUUGCUUGGGGAACUGGACGGGAUCGAUGUGCUGCUUCAGCAGUUGUCGGUGUUCAAGCGCCACAACCCGAGCACGGCGGAGGAGCAGGAGAUGAUGGAGAACCUGUUCGACUCUCUUUGCUCCUCUCUGAUGCUGAGCUCCAACCGGGACCGCUUCCUGAAGGGGGAGGGAUUGCAGCUGAUGAACCUCAUGCUCAGGGAAAAGAAAAUCUCCAGAAGCAGCGCCUUGAAAGUGCUGGAUCACGCUAUGAUUGGGCCGGAGGGAGCAGACAACUGCCACAAAUUCGUGGACAUCCUUGGCCUGAGGACCAUCUUCCCACUCUUCAUGAAGUCUCCAAAGAAAAUCAAGAAGGUCGGCUCCUCGGAGAAGGAGCACGAAGAACACAUCUGCUCCAUCCUCGCUUCUCUCCUGAGGAACCUCAGAGGACAGCAGAGGACCCGUCUGCUCAACAAGUUUACAGAGAAUGACAGCGAGAAGGUGGAUAGACUGAUGGAGCUGUAUUUCAAGUACCUGGACGCGAUGCAGGCAGCCGAUAAGAAGAUAGAAGGCGAAAAGCACGACAUGGUGCGCCGUGGCGAGAUCAUAGACGAUGACCUGGAAGACGAGUUUUACCUGCGCCGCCUGGACGCCGGCCUCUUUGCCCUCCAGCUCAUCUGCUACAUCAUGGCGGAGAUCUGCAGUAGCAACAUCGCCCAGAUCCGCCAGAGAGUCCAUCAGAUCCUGAACAUGCGGGGAAGCUCCAUCAAGAUUGUUCGGCACAUCAUCAAAGAGUAUGCAGAGAACAUCGGAGACGGGAAAAACCCAGAAUACCAGGAGAGCGAGCAGAAGCGGAUUGCGGAGCUGCUGGAGAAUUUCUGAGGGCCCCGUUGGUCGCCUUCCCCUUGGACGUAUCC